AAAUGGUUUAGCAAAUUCCUGAUUAAGAAGACAUUAAUACAUCAAUUGAUUAGCUAAGAUAAACAUAAUAGAGUUUAUAGAGUCUAAUUUAAAAUGUGGCAACAUAAAAUUUUAUGAUUAUGAACACUAUUAUGCAUCAUUAACAAGUAAGAAUUAAAAUUUAAACAAAGUAAAUGGCAGAAACUAGUACUGCUAAUUUUGUACGAUUUGCUCAUUUAAGCGAUUUGAUCUCUUAGGUUGUUUCACAUUUCCAGAUUGAUGCUGCCAAUGAGAUUGAGAAUAAUCUUGCUCAUCAGAGAAGAGAAGCUUAACGAGGUUUGGAAUACAUUAUAGAAGAUACGGAAAAAUGAUUCUAAUAUAUCAAUUAAUUAAAGUGUUGUAGG